CUGACUUCCCAGUGAGACGUUCAGGGAGACUCACUGCCUGUCGAAGUGUGAGCAGCAGGAGGGGAAAGUUGGUGUGUUGGGAGAAACCACCCAGACCCCAGUCCUCUGCAGCAGUGUCCAGCUGUGCUGUUGUGCGCUUUUUAUUUUUUUAACCAUGUAUGUGGAGCAGCUGAUCGUCGGAGCGAAAUGAUUAACCUGCAAGCAAAGAAGGUUGUUCCUCCUCCUCUUUAAAGCCCGAGUGUUUGUUGUUUAUUCAUCUUCAACCAUGAGCACCCUCCAGCACCUGGGCACCAUGGCCUUCCUCAUGAAGAAGAAGAAGUUCAAGUUUCAGGUGCACUUCACUCUGGAGGAGCUGACAGCGGUGCCUUUUGUGAACGGAGUGCUUUUCUGUAAGAUCCGCCUGAUUGAUGGUGGGGACUUUGCCAUCUUAUCGUCCAGGGAGGAGGUGCAGCAGAACUCCGUCCGAUGGAGGAAGAAGUUCUCCUUUGUGUGCAAGAUGAGUGCCAAUCCGAUCAGUGGAGUGUUGGACCCCUGUAUCUGCAGAGUGUCUGUACGCAAGGAGCUCAAAGGAGGAAAGGCCUUCUCAAAGCUGGGUUUUGCUGAUCUCAACAUUUCCGAGUUUGCUGGUUCAGGCUCGACCGUCCGCUGCUGCAUCCUGGAGGGCUAUGACACCAAAAACACUCGGCAGGACAACUCUAUUCUCAAGGUAACAAUUGGGAUGACUCUUCUGUCGGGGGAUCCCUGCUUUAAAACGCCUCCCAGUACGGCCAAAUCCAUUUCCAUUGGGGAUGAGGACCCCAACCUGCAGCUGGACUGUAAGGGGGAGAGCACAGACGCCACUUUGCAGCCACCAGGGGGCAUCGUGGAGGGACCUCGGUCCUUCAAACCUCGACAGUCAUCAGUGCGCAGCUCAGGGCUGCCCGAGGAGGGAGGGAGUGUCUCCAGUCCGGACGAAGUCUUUCAGAUCGGUCAUUUUCGCAGCUCCAGCUACGCCAGCCAGCACAGCAAGAUAUCAGGUUACAGCACCGGUCACUCUCGCUGCUCCAGCCUGAACGAUCUCAGUCACCACAGGAAUGCCUCCUCCAGCAGUGGCGCCUCCUGUGGGCUUGGCCACCCCUCCCAGCCGCCUCCCUCCACCCCCACUGAACCGCACCACCAAGCGACCCUCACCAAGCCGGAGAGACCUCCUCCCCCCUCUGCUGCGGCCAUCUUGUCCAACAGAUCCUCCAGAAGGAAGAAGGAACCCGUGGAGAGGCAGCCUAGCUGCGUGGACGACACCCGCAUCGAUGCAGACGCCAUCGUGGACACGAUUGUAAAGAGCCAGGACUUUGACAGCAGCAACAACGAAGACAGCAACUUGAGACUGUUUAUCAGCAAAGACGGGACCACAGCCCUCAGCGGGACGCAUCUGGCCAACAGAGUAACUCCUGGCAUCUUUGAGCCGGUGGUCAUCGAGACUCACUGAUACCCACGUUUCUCCUGCCUCAUCGCCGUCUCUCUGACGUCCGAUUGUCUCCGUGCAUGCAAACACGUGCACAAAACUUCAUGUGUGAUCACCGUGGUGCAGAUGUUGAGCCUUCUAGUGUUUUUAAUCAGGUGGUGGGACGGGUGUAACACACGGGUACAGUGUUUUCUGAGACAGUAGACUGAUUUUAACCUGUUUUUAACCUCUAACAGAGAAAACCGGCCAUCAUUUCUAAUUUUACUGGUUUUAAGCACUUUUAAAAUGCUCCAGCCUGCUUCUGUAUGUCGCGUUAUGUUACAGCUCUUUUGGUUAGACUGUGCCCUCUGUUUUAAAGUGAAACUCUUCCUCAUGGAGUAGCCUGUCUUUUUUGCGGCUGAAGCCUCUAUUUUGCGGUUUCUGCAGGAAGUGCUGAUCAGGUUUAAAUGUGAUGUUGAAGAGCCUGAUGAGUACCGGGGGAAGCAUGCACAGGAAUCAGUAAUUCAUGCUCUGAAAGAAACUAGGUUAUGGGCCUAAAUCUACAAUUUAACCUGUAAACCCAGCAGUAAAACUGUAACAAAAAUGGCAGUGAGGCAGAUAUAAAAUAACUAAAAGCAGAUCCAGAAAACAGCUUUCGAGUGACAGUGAAAUGAGAUCUAAGCAACCCCAAAGAGAUUUGAAAUAAAACAUAAAAAGACAUAAAAUGACCAUAAUAAGCAAAAAUUAAAAAAUUAAUAACUACACCAAAGGGUCUGAAACUGCUAUAAUCAGCUGCACAGUUACGUAAAACAGCCUCAGAGACACAAAGACGUGUCCUGAUUACUACGUCAGGCUUGUGCUCAGAGGCGUGUUGUCUCAUAAUCCGUCCAUGAGUGCAGCGCAGCAUCAAGGGAGACCUAACACAUACGAGGCCAUGGAAAAUCUCAAAGUGAGCCACUUGGAUUCAGACAGAUUUCACCUGUUAAACGUUAAUCAGUGAUGCUGACAUUUGAGAAAACCUGUUUAUGUUUUCUUGACUAAGCUCGGAGGAUCAAUUACUAAUUUGUGUGCUCAGGUUAGUUUUUAUUUUUCCCUUUUGUGACUUCAGGACUUUUUCAGUUUUUACUGUGUUGUUCGGCUUUUCUUCUUUUCGUUACACUGGGUGUGUUUCAGAUGAGUCCCCGAGGACUAAAAGCUGUUGACUCUGUGACAUAAUCAGUCACUGAACACUGGUACCAGUAAGAAGCACACCCAGUGAACCUCUGACCAGUGCUUCGUGCACACGUUACUUGAACAACACCUUAGGAACCACUGCAUUCUGGGAACUGUAGUGCGACACUGAAAAAAGGGUACUUCUGUCAGCUGGUUGGGACUUCAGAGUUUCUGAGAAAAUACAGGACAGAAGAUAAAGUCAGACUGUGAAAGCGUCCCUUUAACAGAUUUAUGGUUUAGUGUUGUGUUUUAGUCACAUGCUAAAUAGAUAUAUUUUCAACUUUCAGAUAAAGUGUCAUACACGCAAGGACGUAUUAGGGCUAUUGGAGAUGUGGAACAAAGUACGAGGCUGCUUGAGGUUUGUCAGGGGUAAAAUUCAGAGGCCAAACUGAAAAAUUUACAGGACAAAAAUGGCAAAUUUGAGAAAGAAAAAGAAGGAUAGAUUAACAAGAAACUGUCAAAUUUAUAAGAAUUAACCUGUAAAAUUUCUGAGAAAAACCAGGCAAAUACUAGAGCAAUCUUGUCAAAUGUAAAAGGAUAAACGGGCAGAUUUAUGGGAAAAAAUUAACAAACUUCUGACGCAUUUACAGGAAGAAACAUCUCAAAUUUAUUGAGAACAAACAAAAAAAUGGUGAUCUCCUCUGAAUUUUACACCCCUUAUGUUUUUGUCCCUUCAGUGCUUUCAAUACGUCCCAUUUCAUUUCUGUGUGAGAAGAAAUCGAUGCUAACUUAAGCCUGGAUAGAUUUGGGGGAGUAAAUAUGUAGGAAGUCAUGAACAACAUGUAGAGGCAGUAAACAGGAGCUGAAACGUCACGUUACAGAUUCACCCCUGUUAUGACGCUAUCUCGUCAAUAUUUCUGCCUUUGGAUGUGAUGAGGACACAAAGGUCCCCGAGAGACGCUCUUCAGUCAGGCUGAGAAAAAAUCAGCCUGGAACUGAAACUGAAGCUUUUAUCCUUUUAUUUUAUUUUAAUGUUAUUUGAUCACUGUGUUUAUACUUAUUUACACUGUUUUGCACAUGUGAACUCUCUGAGGAGAAUUAGAAACCACUAAAAGGAAACAGAGGUGGCACAGUUGUCCGAAACAACAUGAAAUCUUCUGUUUUUAAAUUUCUUAUUUCAUUUCUAUUGGCUUAAUGCCUGCAGAGCCUAUGUUCAUAUGGCUGGCCAUAUGUAACCAUCCAUCCUCUGCACUUAUUAAGUACUUAUUCACUUUUUAAAUUCCAAUGAUGUCAUAAACCUGUCAUAAAUGUGAGGUUUUGUGGGGUCUUUACUUCCUUUCUCAGCCACAUUUUAUUUCCAACUUUGGCCUUUCUCAGAUAUUAAGUACACACAAAUAAGCUGAAUCCAGAAUGUGUGCAUUAUAAGGCAGGAGAUCUUUAUUGAGGGCCUGUUCUGCUCCACUGGAGUAGCUUUUAAUGGUACUAGCCCCUCAGUUCAUCCACUCUCUAAAAGAAAUUGUUUAAGCACCUGUCUCUUUAUAAGAACCCUCUUGUUAAAAGCCAACUUUCCAAUGACUGGUCCGCUUCUGGAAGCCUGCAGAGGGGCAUAUCAGGGUUUCUGAGCUGUAUUGUCUAUUUUGUGCAAAACUGACAUCAGCACAUCACGAGAGCAGAAUGUUGUUUGGCUCACAGGAACUACUCUUAUCAGUGUUUACCUCAUUUUUGUAAAAUAUGUAACAUUAUAAUAUUAUAUAUUUAACAGAAAGUAAGAAAUAAAUCCUCUUUAACAACAAGUGACAUUACAACAAGCUAAACAGAAAUUGACAUUAGCAGGAAAAAUGGCUAUAAUCACAAUAUUAGCAUUAGCAAAAAGUUGCCUAUUUAUGCAUCCAUGCAUUUAGGCGCUCAUUCACCUUUAGAACCAUAGUUAAUGUCGUUUUACUUGCUCACUGCCUGCCAACGUUCUGGCUUCACACUGACAAACAAAGCAGUGUUUUUACCAAAAAUAUUAACUUCAAUCAGAACUCUUUGCAGUUUGUAGCUUUGGACAGUUUAAGUUUUGUGCAUGUGCAAGGAAAGUAAAACUCCUUUUUCCCCAUUGCUUUUGCAAGGCUUGUGCAGACUUAGCAUGUUGAGCUAGCAGUGAUACUGUGGGCUGGUGUUGGCUGUAGUGAGGUCAGUCCCACAGCUGCAGCAGCACAAAGCCUCUGUUGUGUGAGUACUGACAGUAUACAAUAGAUCUUCACCCCCCCACGGGACUCAUUUGUGCAUUUGUGAUUAUGUUCAUGCUGCAAGAUGUGCAUGCGGGCCAUGCAUCUCUGACUGAUAUGAAAGGAUGUACUGUAUAAAAGACAGUUUUUUUAAGCUUUCUGGUGCAUCAAGUCUUGCAAAAGUAUAAGUAAGUUGUAAGCAAGUACUGGAUACUUGGGACAUCUAGAGGUUUGUUAGGUUCACCACUCCUCAAAAGUUUGGGAUUGCUUAGAAAAGUCCUUCUUUCUGAAAAUAAAGUAGAUUUUUUUAUUUAAUAUAACAUUAAAUUCAUGUUAACUAUUUUAUAUAAAAAUUUGUGAUUAAUGAAACUGUUAAUUAUAAACCCUCUGAUAUUGUGUUAACCAUUGGAAGUUUAUCAUAUUAAAAAGCCUACUAAUCAUUAGAUAAAGUAGUUAGACUCUGGAUGUUAUCCACAGCUUUCAUAAUUUGUCGAAUGUGGAAGCUUGUUUCUGUUUCUGUUAUUUUCUCAGACGUUUGAACUAGUAACUUGGAUUCUUUAGAUAAUAACCUGAAAUUCUCACUUAAUCUGGCAAAAACUGUUUUUGUUUUUGUGUUUAUUUUCAGUAAUGGGACAGGCAGAGGUACAGGCAGACAUUUUCAUGCAGUCAUGUGUAUUAUUCCCUCCACAGUAACUGGCUGUCACCAGAAAAGAAAGAGGUUCAAUACUGACAAAGUCCAUAAGGGUGUUUGGAUAAAAGAGGUGACAGGUGUUCAGACUGCAGCUUCAUUAGACGGAAACCAUAACAGUCAGACUGAAGGGAGUAGUACACACUGUUGCAUUAGGUAACAGUCUGUCAUAGAUACAUGUACAACAUUUCUGAUUAAUUUUAUGAUACAUUAAUUUUUAAAGCACUUUUCUAAGUGAUCCCCAACUUUAACCUGUACUAUUUAAUAAUUAUACACAUACCUUUAUUGCCAUAUUUUCCAUUAACAGUCCACAUUGGGGGGUGGGUGGGUGGGUGUGUGUGUGUGUGUGUGUGUGUGUGUGUGUACGAAAUGUGUGAUGUGGUAACCAUAUAGUCUAUUUUCCUUUUAUUUCCAGACCAGCAGGCUGGUCUGCAGCACAGAUCUGUGUGUAAAAGCUUAUAUUUUAUGGUAAGAUGUGACUAAACAGUAAUUAUUUACAGUGAAGCCUGGGGUUACUGGGGAAAGUAUGCAGUAAUGGGAUCUGUCUGCCACUGUGAUUUGUUCUAGAAAUACUUACUCUUUCUUUGUACUUGACCAUAUGUAACCUUGUGAUCUUAUUAAGCAAGUGUUUCUAUUUCUGCAUGUGGUGAAAUGUUUUUUUUUAUUAUUAUUAUCAUUUCUGAUUAUUUGAAAUUAAAUUGUUGGGGCCAGGGUUAUAUUGCAUUGGUAGCUGUGGUACUGAUUUAACAAGAUGGGGUUUGGUAAAGGGAAUAUAUACUUCACAAAACAUUUUCCACCAUAUUUUAAAACGUAUUUAUAUUAAAGGUAAAAUCACUUAAUGUGUAGAAAUAUAAUAAAUGCAUAUAAAAUAUCUAAUAUAAGCAUUAAUGUUGGGUGAAAAUAAUUUUGUUGCAUAAAUUGGUGCAUUUCUGGGUUUUUUGAGAAAGAAAAAUCAGUUUUGUUUUAUUUUCAAAUGCUUUCUAACUCCAUGCACACAUAUUUUCACUCCUUGUGUUAAAAUACCAGGAAAUAUUUCAAGAAUUCAGAUGAUCUGACCUGUUAAUAACUACAUGUAAACAGAGGAGUUGUGAUGAACAUGAAAACCAAAUAAACUGUCAAAGUCUCUUCUUUCUUUAA